AUGGCUGAUGACCUUUCACAAUUUUUCGCUAAGAAAUCUGCUAAAGCGAGAGAUAAAAGGAAAAAAGUGAAGCUGAGUGUCGAGGAAGUAGGGCUAGUACUUGAAAGAAAAGCUAAACGUCAGGAAGAGCGUGACCGAGAAGAUGAGCAAGAAGAACGGCAUGCUCUGGACGAUGCAGUUUCAUUUGACAAACGGACUGAAGAUUCUGAGUGGCUAGAAUACAAAGACACAAACAAAGAAAUACCAUUAGAAGAACUCGGGAUUCGAGACAUGAAUCUCACUGAGCAAACUGAAGAAGCUCUAGAAGAUGAAAAGGCAGCCACAAAUGAAGCCCCUAGAACUUGGAGUGUUGCGGAGAAGAAAGAGCCUGAGGAAAUGGUUCUACAAAUACCAAAAAAGCAAACACCUGCUGUUUGGAAACCUCGUUGUUUAAUGCGUAAUGCGGUAAGAACUGAUGUUGCACCAAAUAUCGACGACCAAGAAAUAUUCCCAACGUUUAAAGAUGCCGAAAAAAUCGAAAAGAUGAAAAAUGACGAGAAGAAAAGGCGACACGAUGGCUUUACAACAGUAACAUCUGAUAAAAAUUCAUCAGGUGGAUGGGUCAGUAAGAGUAGUACAAACAACCCUUGGCAUCGCGUUGGUAGUGGUGGUGGUUCUGCCUCAUUCUCGGUUUCUGAUCGUUCUGCUUUACUUUCAACAGUUAAACAAAUUACAUCAAGUGGACCCCCACAUUCAGGACCUCCAUCGCGAGUAGUUGAAGCAGCAAAUCCGAAUGUAUAUACUGUUCCGUCCCGGAGACGCGCUCAAAUGAAUAUGCUGAAGGAAUGA